GCACCGUCUCCUCCCACUCGAAUUGCUGCCAAAGAUGCAAUUACUUCCCUUCUACGCUAUAUGGUGGAUCUCGCUAUGCCUUGUGGUCAGUGAGUCGACUAGCCACCAGUACGAAAAGCUUUCCGACCAGUCCUUGCUCUGGGGCGCCUACAGAUCCAAUGCCUACGUCGGCAUCAGGCCGCGGGUUCCAGAAACAUUGCUUUCGGGGCUUAUGUGGUACAAUGCAGACACCGUGGUGGGGUUGAGUAACACAAGACACUUCUGCGACCAGGGAGACAACCUCGGCAAGGGGUUUGGCUGGGUGAAGUACGACCCGCGAUACGGCGGCCGGGAGGUGAUCCACGACGAGAAGGAGUGCAAGAUCGUGCUUGUGGUGGACUUUGUCAAGUCCAAAGACGGUAAAAACUGGGCGUUGAGGGUCAAGGGUACCCCUAAGAAAGGCUAUGAAAAGGUAAAGACGUCGGUGGUGUUCUACUCGGGCAUGGAGGUGUUUGAUGCCGAUAAGAUGGGGCUCAACCAGUAUGGGAUCUCCCAAAUCGAAAACUACCUUGAAUUAAAGAGCCCUGUGAAGAAUAUCGGCUACGAGUUGGGCGAGGUGGUGGAACUCAAGGGGUAUUCGGAAGCCUUGGGAGGGAAGUUUACAAUCGCGGUGAACGACCCACCGACAAACAAAAAACCCCACUAUCAGAAGGUGGUUUCCCGGGAAAUGGAUCCGGCCAAGACCCACCAUUUGUCCUUAAAUUUCCCAGGCGAGAGUAUCUGGCAGGCGAAGGACAUCAUGUGGGAGAUGAUCAAGGAUAAUGUGGAGAAGUUGCAGGAGUUGUUUCCAGAUUUGUACCAGGAAACCCCGCCCGACCAGUUGUUUGCUUUGUCAAACUCCAAUGGGUUCGAAGGGAACCUCCAUUUUAUCCAAAAGACGUUUGAAGGAGAGUUCACCUUUGACAUUUUAUUCAACGUCGUUGAGACGUUGGACCAAAUCACUUUUGAAAAUCUCGGAAAGCGGGUCUUUGAUGUGUUGACCAAGGUUGACCGCAAAUUCAAGGACGUGUUCACGCUCCAGGCACCGUUCACCACCAAGAAACACUGGAAGUUUGCGCAAGAAUUCUUCUCCAACUUGAUCGGGGGUAUCAGUUACUUCCACGGCGACCACUUAGUGGACCGCACUACCGUUUUUGACCAGGAGUCGUUCAACAACGUUGAGCUCAAAUACCCGGAAAAGGAGGGCCCGUUCCUGUUGUUCACCGCCGUCCCGUCACGAACCUUCUUCCCGCGAGGCUUCUACUGGGACGAGGGGUUCCAUUUGUUGCCGAUUCUCGAGUAUGACAUCGACUUAACCUUGGAUAUAUUAAAGUCCUGGUUUGGGCUCAUUGAUUCUGACGGCUGGAUUGCGAGGGAACAGAUUUUGGGCACCGAGUCGCGCUCCAAGGUUCCGGUUGAGUUCCAGGUGCAGAAUCCCAACAUCGCCAACCCUCCCACCAUGAUGCUCUGCUUCACGUCUUUGUUGGAGAAAGUGCUCAGUGCGGGUGAGAGUCCCAAAUGGGAUGGUACAACGGUAGACUACCAAGCCAUUAACAACACCAUCCUGCUCGACCAGUUGUCCGAGGCGCACGUCCAUUACCCGGAGUUGUUGGUUUCCUACGUGGAAGACAUCUAUCCGAAGUUGCAGAAACACUACGAAUGGUUCCGUCGCACCCAGCGUGGUAUUUCCGACGACUUCGACCGCGAAGAGAUCAUCGAUGACGAUGACAACGACGAUGUGUACCGCUGGGUCGGCCGCACCGAUACCCAUUGCUUGCCAAGUGGUUUGGAUGACUAUCCAAGAGCCUUGCCUGCGGAUAUUGCGGAACUCAACGUUGAUUUGAUCUCCUGGAUCGGAAUCAUGACCAGAUCCAUGAAGUAUAUGGCUCAGUUGUUGCAGAAGCAGAAGGAUGUGGCAAAGUACACGUUGAUCGAGCAGCACAUUGUUUCCAACAUCGACAAGUUGCACUGGUCAGAGGAGGAAAAGACGUACUGCGACAUGUCUGUAGACGACGACGACGAAAACAUCCAUGUGUGCCACAAAGGCUACAUUUCGCUCUUUCCCUUCUUGACCAGACUCAUUCCCGAAAGCAAGGUCUUGAACCACAAGUUGAAGCACGUGUUGGAGAUGAUCCACAACCCUGAGGAGUUGUGGUCUCCCUAUGGCAUCCGCUCUCUUUCCAAGUCUGACAAGAUGUUCAAGACGGGCGAGGACUACUGGAGAUCCCCUAUCUGGAUGAACAUCAACUACAUGGUGUUGGACAGCUUGCGGUACUACCACGACCUGGAGUCGGUCCAGCCGUACUUGGAAGCGGACGUGAGAGAGCUCUUGCGGACCGUGUACUACGAAUUGAGAGUGAAUUUAGUUACGAAUGUCUACAACCAGUGGGAGAAAACGGGCUACGGCUUUGAAAACUACAACGAGGAAAACGGGGAUGCCCAGCGUGUGAAGCACUUCCACGGGUGGACAUCCUUGGUUGUUUUGAUGAUGAAAAUGCCCGAAAGAUUGGCAUAGACCCAUAGAUUUGAGUGCGUUUAAGGUUUAAGUAGAUUCCUGUUUUCAAAAGCCUUUGGUCACGGCUGGGUCAGAAGGUUUGGUUUAUAUAUCGAAUAAAUGUCUAAGAUUUAAG